GUUGGAAAAACUCCAAUCGCACCGCCUUGGCCCCUGCCUGAGACUCAUGGUCCUCCUGGCCCUGCCUGUGGCCUGAGCCUCCAUCCUUGGCCUCCCCGCCUGCUGCCUCUGCUUUCCGCGCUAAUUCCUGCUAAGUCGGAGCCACUUCUGGGGGCCUUAGUUGAAUAAGUAAACGACGCAUCCUUUGGGCUCGUAAAAGGAGAUGUGGGAUAGCAUGGGAAAGCACGUUGUAAACAGAAGCUCAAGCGUGAGAGUGCCGCUAACGUGCAUGACCGAUCGCUCCCCACAAAACAAUUAACGAAGCUCAUUAGCCGGUUGAGGAUCUUAACCUGGCCUCUGCUCUCCAGCCUCCUCUACAAACACCCAGCCGGGUCACCUGCCCCGAAUGGUAGCCAAACAAUCACGACUAAGUUUCUUCAGUUGCUGAGAAGACUAUGAACAGAUCAGAGAACUUGUUCUUUACUGGCUCCUCAUUAGCAUCCCAAGUUCAUGCUGCUGCUAUUAAUGGAGAUAAGGGUGCUCUUCACAGGCUCAUCAUAGGAAAUGCUGCCUUUAAAGACAAAGAAGAUCAAUUUGGGAGAACACCACUGAUGUACUGUGUGCUGGCUGACAGACUGGACUGUGCGGAUGUGCUCCUGAAGGCAGGAGCAGACGUUAAUAAAACGGACCAUAGCCAAAGAACAGCCCUCCAUCUUGCAGCUCAAAAGGGAAAUUAUCGUUUCAUGAAACUCUUACUCACACGUAGAGCGAAUUGGAUGCAGAAGGAUCUAGAAGAGAUGACUCCUCUGCAUUUGACCACCCGACACAAGAGCCCCAAGUGUUUAGCGCUUCUGCUGAAGUUUAUGGCACCAGGAGAGGUGGAUACACAGGAUAAAAACAAGCAAACAGCUCUGCAUUGGAGUGCCUAUUACAACAACCCUGAGCACGUGAAGCUGCUUAUCAAGCAUGAUUCCAACAUUGGGAUUCCCGACGUUGAAGGCAAGAUCCCGCUUCACUGGGCAGCCAACCACAAAGACCCAAGCGCUGUGCACACAGUGCGGUGCAUUCUGGAUGCUGCUCCAACGGAGUCUUUACUGAACUGGCAAGACUAUGAGGGGCGAACACCUCUUCACUUUGCAGUUGCUGAUGGGAACAUGACAGUGGUUGAUGUCUUGACCUCAUAUGAAAGCUGCAAUAUAACAUCUUAUGAUAACUUGUUUCGUACUCCACUUCACUGGGCAGCUCUACUAGGCCAUGCACAGAUUGUCCAUCUCCUUUUAGAAAGAAAUAAGUCUGGAACCAUCCCAUCCGACAGCCAAGGAGCAACACCCUUGCACUAUGCAGCUCAGAGUAACUUUGCUGAAACAGUUAAGGUCUUUUUAAAACAUCCUUCAGUAAAAGAUGACUCAGACCUCGAAGGAAGAACAUCCUUUAUGUGGGCUGCCGGGAAAGGCAGUGAUGAUGUCCUUAGGACUAUGCUGAGUUUAAAAUCUGACAUUGAUAUCAACAUGGCAGACAAAUAUGGAGGUACAGCUUUACAUGCUGCUGCCCUUUCUGGCCAUGUCAGCACUGUGAAGCUAUUAUUGGAAAAUAAUGCUCAAGUAGAUGCUACUGAUGUCAUGAAACAUACUCCACUUUUUCGAGCCUGUGAGAUGGGACACAAAGAUGUGAUUCAGACCCUUAUCAAAGGUGGAGCAAGGGUAGAUCUAGUUGACCAAGACGGACAUUCUCUUCUUCAUUGGGCAGCGCUGGGAGGAAAUGCCGAUGUUUGCCAGAUAUUGAUAGAAAAUAAGAUCAAUCCAAAUGUGCAAGAUUAUGCAGGCAGAACCCCUCUGCAGUGUGCUGCUUAUGGGGGAUACAUCAACUGCAUGGCGGUGCUCAUGGAGAAUAAUGCAGACCCCAACAUCCAAGACAAAGAGGGCAGAACAGCUUUGCACUGGUCCUGUAACAACGGAUACCUCGAUGCCAUUAAAUUACUACUAGACUUCGCUGCUUUCCCUAAUCAGAUGGAAAACAAUGAAGAGAGGUACACUCCCCUGGAUUACGCUUUGCUUGGUGAGCGCCACGAAGUGAUCCAGUUCAUGCUGGAGCGCGGCGCCCUGUCCAUCGCGGCCAUCCAGGACAUCGCUGCCUUCAAAAUCCAAGCUGUGUACAAAGGCUACAAGGUCAGGAAAGCUUUCCGAGACCGCAAGAACCUCCUCAUGAAGCAUGAGCAGCUGAGGAAAGAUGCUGCUGCCAAGAAGCGAGAGGAAGAAAACAAGCGAAGAGAGUCAGAACAGCAGAAGGGAAGACUGAGUCCAGAUUCCUGCAGGCCCCAGGCCCCUCCGUGUCUGCCCGGCACCCAGGCUGAGCCCCCCGGGCAGAGCGGGGGCCCCAGCAAACAGCCUCCCGCCAGCCGUGCGGCCCAGAGCCCUGAGCGGAGAACCUGCAGAGGGUCUCCGGGCAGAGCCCCAGAGCAGCACCUCUCCCCAGACCUGCAGGGAACAGACCCCAGGAAGCCGAAUGAAACAUCCAGAGAACCUUCUAAAGGCCGAUCUGCCUGUGUCCACUUCAGCCCCGAUGAAGGCCACGAUGCGAACAGGUGGCCAGGAGUCUCCUGUGCUGAGAAGCCCAGAGGUGAGACCGUGGGCGAGCAGCACUGUGACAGGGGGAAAGGCUCCAGGAGGCAGCCCCCCUGGGCCAGGGCUGCUGGGCCUGAGGAGAAGGGAGAGGACGCCAUCGGGGCAGCUGCCAGCCUUCCCCAGCAGGAUGGCCCCCGGAAGCCCUGCAGGCGGCAUGACGCAGCCCCCAAGGUCAAGUGUGGCUCCCAGAAAAGGCGCAUUCAGGAGCUCCGAGGAGGAAGGUGCUCCCCAGCUGGUUCUAGCCGGCCUGGCAGUGCCAAGGGGGAGGUGGCCCAUGCCAGGCAGAGUCCUCUCCACCAUCGGACACCAAGACACAAAGGGACACAGGACAAGCUCGAAGGAGAGAGCUACUCAGACCUGCCCCGGAGGACAGAGGCGUUGAGGCCAGGAGUCAGGAAGGCGGGGCCACCCACCCCAUCUGAGGACGCUCAGAUGCCUAAGGAGACACAUCCCACCCCCGGGCCCCUCUCCGGGGAGAGUGUGAACAUCGACCUUCUUCCUGUGGAGCUGCGGCUGCAGAUCAUCCAGAGAGAACGAAGCAGGAAAGAGCUGUUUCGCAGAAAGAACAAGGCGGCAGCCGUCAUCCAGCGGGCCUGGAGGAGCUACCAGCUCAGGAAGCACCUGUCCCACCUUCUGCAUAUGAAGCAGCGUGGAGCCAGAGAUAUGGACAGAUGGAACCGAGAAUGCAUGGCAUUGCUCCUCCAGGUUUGGAGAAAGGAACUGGAAAUAAAACCCUCAAAAGCCACUGCAGUAAGCAGGACCACCAAGAAUCCACCCAAGAGCAGCUCAGGCACCAAGUCCACCAGGCACUCGGUGCUCAAGCAAAUCUACGGUUGCUCUCAAGAAGGGAAAGUACAUCAUCCCACAAGAUCUUCAAAAGCCCAUUCUGUGCUGCGUCUCAACUCAGUGAGCAAUUUACAGUGUAUACACCUUCUUGAGAACAGUGGAAGAUCAAAGAGCUUUUCUUAUAACCUGCAAUCAGCCACUCAAUCAAAAUACAAAACAAAGCCUCGACUGCCUCUGGAGGAAGACUGUGCCCGGGGUAACUGCAAUAAGCUAGUGUAGAGUUCUAUCUGUUGACUUUGUUUGGAUGUUAUCUAAACCUGCGCUGAGAAGACCAGGGUCCACUGUGCCCAAUCAGAACUGUCUAGCUGUCUGCCUUCACCUGUCAGUGUGGCCACAAAGGAGGAUGUAUGACUCUGUCAAGUCUAAGGAAAACUAAGAACAUGCAGGCUGCUGGGGUGGGACUUCUGCCAGCCAGCUGGUGCAGGCCUGGUUCUCUGACUUCAGUGAAGAAACUAAAUGAGACGGCAAGGAGCCUGUCCUGCAGCAACCACCUUCAUUUCACCAUUUUUCCGGAAUCUAAUGCAACCAAUUUCAUUACAGAAACUACAUCCUAUUAUUCCAUUAUCAGUUUUAAAUUUUAGACCGGAAUCAUGACCCAGCAUUUGCUUUUAGAAAUUACCUGUAAGAUUACAAUAGGUGCUCUGUUCACCUCUGCUGAUUCCUUACGUAUUUUACAGUCAUGUUAGCCUCUGAAGGCCACAGGCUGCUGCCACGCCCUCUGUAAACAGAGAUGCUGGUAUCACCGACACCAAGGAAAUGGGCAGGUGUACAGACAGGCAUUUAUGCACCAGGUACCAAGGCCUUACCAUUCCACUUGUAUUUUCUGCGCGACUUGCAGAGAUAAGCAAUCAUCAAAAUGUCAUUCCUAUUGAUGGGAAACCGCUAACUACAUAUAUUCUAGCUCUCUAAGCACACCUGGUUUAAACAAAAUCUAGUGAUUUGGGGCUUUUUCACAUUUUUUAUGGCAAAGCUAAUGUAGGAAUGGAGACAGACACAAAGAGUGACAUAGGAGGCUCACAAAUACUUCUAGAACUUCUUCCAUUUUCUUAAGAUUACCGUCACCAUUGUCCUGACAGUAAGAAAUAGGAAGCAACAAAGUAUUAAUGUAAUCCCCUUGAUUUUUUUUAAUAGUUUGCUAAUUAAAUUAUUUCAUGACUAGAAAAAUCUAUCAUAGAAAACACAAUACAGCUGGUAAUUUUUGGAGAACUGUAAUGGAUUAGAAAAUCACUUUUAAAAGUAGUUAUCUCAGACCAACCACCAUUUAGGUACAGGAAAACCAAAACAACUAUCUUGAAAUCUUGCCCUCCUGCACUAAGUGCUACAAAACCUCUGCAAAUAACACCAUAGUGAGAAGCUCAAUCUCGUCAUAAGUAAGAGUAACCACCCUCAAACAAAACGAUGAGGUUUGCCUGGAUGGGAUUUCAAAGAUUUAGCUAAUUUUUUGGUAAAUAGUAGAUAGUACCAUGUUAUCACUCUUAGUACCAUGUUAUCACUCUGUAUUUUGUAAAUAUUUGAUUCCUAUGAAAUGUAAAUAUACUGCCACAUAUCAUGUGCUACUCCAGGAAGUCAGCCUGCAUUGUUUUCCUACCUUAGUGCAAAAGAAUGUUCGUAACAACUUCUUUAAAAGUUCAGCUUUAAUGACAAACAUUUCUUACAUCAGUCUCUUCAAAAUUAGAUAUGAAUAAACAAUUUUAAACAGGAA